UGUGCAGACGUCACUGCCAAUGGCCUGCCAGUCUGUCAUUAUCAGCAGUGAUACUAUGGUUGUUAUCAACCCCAACACCGUCAGAUUUGGGUGUCCUCCAGGCGCACUCUCCAUGGAAGAGAGCUAACUGGAGAAUUAAGACUGUCACUCCAGCAGCCACACAGAACCAGCCAGCCGCUCUGAACUGUGGAGUCUCUGGAAACU